AUGGUACACCUGAGCAAGAUCCCCGUGAGGACCAAGGUGCGCAGACCGGCACCAGCACCCCCGUCAGUCCAGCAGGAGGUGAUUGACGAACUCGACGAUGCCACAGGCAGUGUGUACGGCACGCGCUUCGCGGCGACGGACUUGCCUGCGCAUGAGAUGCCUGAAGGGCAGAUGCCCAAGGACGUGGCCUACCGGCUGAUCUCAGACGAGCUGAGCCUCGACGGGAACCCCAAGCUGAAUCUAGCUUCCUUUGUGACGACGUACAUGGAAGAAGAGGCCGAGAGGCUCAUGACCGAGUGUCUCGCCAAGAACUUUAUCGACUACGAGGAGUACCCCCAGUGCGCGGCCAUCCAGACAAAGUGCGUGUCCAUCAUCGGCAACCUCUUCCACGCGUCCGAGGGCGCCUCCAUCGGGACGUCGACGGUCGGCUCCUCCGAGGCCAUCAUGCUGGCCGUGCUGGCGCUGAAGCGACGGUGGCGCGAGAAGCGCCAGGCCGCCGGUAAACCCUACGACAAGCCCAACAUUGUCUUCUCGGCCGCCGUCCAGGUCUGCUGGGAGAAGGCGGCGCGGUACUUUGACGUGGAGGAGAAGCUGGUCUACUGCCGCAAGGACAGGUACGUGAUUGACCCGGAGGAGACGGUGAACCUGUGCGACGAGAACACGAUUGGUAUCUGCGCCAUCCUCGGCACGACGUACACGGGCGAGUACGAGGACGUCAAGGCCGUCAACGACCUGCUGGUCAAGCGGAACAUGGACGUGCCCAUCCACGUCGACGCCGCGAGCGGUGGCUUCGUUACGCCCUUUGUGGUGCCGGAGCUCGAGUGGGAUUUCCGCUGCGAAAAGGUCGUCUCCAUCAACGUGUCCGGCCACAAGUACGGCCUCGUGUACCCGGGCGUGGGCUGGGUCGUGUGGCGCGCGCCGGAGCAUCUGCCGCAGGACCUGGUCUUUAACAUCAACUACCUCGGCGCCGAGCAGGCCUCCUUCACCCUCAACUUUAGCAAGGGCGCCUCGCAGGUGAUCGGGCAGUACUACCAGCUCAUCCGGCUCGGCAAGAAGGGGUACCGCGCCAUCAUGACCAAUCUCACCCGCACGGCUGACUACCUGAGUGACUGCCUUGAGAAGCAGGACUUUGUCAUCAUGAGCCAGCGCGCGGGUAAGGGCUUGCCUCUUGUUGCGUUUCGCUUCAAGGAGGACGAGGACCGUGGGUUUGACGAGUUUACGCUCGCGCGCACGCUGCGUAGUCGCGGCUGGGUCGUCCCCGCGUACACCAUGGCGCCCAAGACGGAAAAUCUCAAGAUGCUGCGCGUCGUGGUGCGCGAGGAUUUCUCCCGCGAAAAGUGCGAGUUGCUGCUCCAGGACAUUGCCCUGUGCAUCCGCUUGCUCGAGACGAUGGACAAGGAGCAACUGGCCAGGCACGAGAAGUUUAUCCAGACCCAUGUCACCGCCCACGGACGCGGCGGGCCGGGCCACGAGAAGUACAAGAAUGAGAAGCACUCGCUUCAGGGCAAGACGGGCAAGACGCAUGCCAUCUGUUGA